AUGGCUGCCGUGCAUCAACCAGCGAGACGAGCGUCGAGCAGCCUGUGCCUCGUCGCUUUUAGGCUGAACUCGGGGAGGCGAAGGGCUUCAGCUUGCGGGAGGAAAACCAGCAUUGCUUCUGGAGCCGCACGGCGCUCGUUAUAUUUCCAGGGGCGGGGCUACGGAAAGGACGCGUAUUUAGCCAAUGGUGGCUUUGACGUCGAGCCAAACGCAACGUAUGACGAUUAUGAGACUGGGCUGGUGUACUUGUGCGAGGACCCUCCCUCUUCGAUCGCUGUGGCGACGGCCGCCAGUUUCGUGGCCAUCUUCUGCAUGGGCGUGAGCGGGAACGUCCUUCUGCUCUACGUGCUGCUGAGGCACGAGGACCUGAGGCAGGUGACCAGCCUGCUGGUGCUGAACAUGGCCGCGUCCGACCUACUGCUCGCCACCACGCUGCCCUUCUGGAGCACCUAUCACCUGUCCCACUGGGUCUUUGGCCCCGCCCUCUGCAGGGUCCUGGUCGGUGCCUACUUCGUGGGCCUGUACUGCGGGCUGAUGUUCCUGACCGCGCUGACCGUGGACCGCUACGUGACCGUGGUGCACGGCCGGUCGCCACGGUGACCGAGGAAGUGGAGCCCGGGCGGUUCGAGUGCGAGGCGGCAGCCUUUAGCCCCCAGGGGGAGCGGACGGCCUACCUCCUGC